CGCUCCGCCAUGCUUGUACGAAGGCUAUGCUCUUGUCGGUGCUCUCUGACCCCAGUGGCAGUCCUUUCUUCCUUCACUGCGGACUAGACUCACCCCCCUCUCCGCCAGUCAGAGCGAGACUCGCCGCCUGCCCGCGCUGCUUUUCCCGCGUCUCGCCGCUGCGCUCCUCCAGCUCGCCGGAGGGUCUCCCAGGGUCGAGGGUCCUGCCCCUGCCCGGCUCCGAGUGCCACCCUUUCGUCUACCGACAUCUGCAUUCCCCGGCGUGUAUGGAGCAACAUCUUUAGAGGUAGUAGUUUUUCUCCUCUUUGGUGCUAUCAAGGAUUCUUUUCCACGUUUAAGUGGUGGUUCUGAAGGAUGCUGACUGCGUGGGUCACUCCAGGAUACUGGUAAACUGUCUCAUGUGUGACGCGGAGAAAUAAUGGCUCACGGAAUGCCGUCACAAGGCAAAGUGACCAUCUCGGUGGACGAGUACAGCUCCAACCCCACACAGGCCUUCACCCACUACAACAUUAACCAGAGCCGCUUUCAACCGCCACAUGUGCAUAUGGUGGACCCCAUAUCGUACGACACUCCUAAGCCGGCUGGCCACACGCGCUUUGUGUGUGUGUCAGACACACACUCACGGACAGAUGGCAUCCAGAUGCCUUACGGGGACGUUCUCCUGCACACAGGGGACUUCACUGAGCUGGGCCUGCCCUCCGAGGUCAAGAAGUUUAACGACUGGUUAGGCAGCCUGCCAUACGAGUUUAAAGUGGUAAUCGCAGGGAACCACGAGUUGACCUUCGAUAAGGAUUUCAUGACGGAGCUGGUCAAGCAGGAUUACUACCGCUUUCCCUCCGUGUCCAAGUUGAAACCCGAGGACUUUGACAAUGUUCAGUCUCUCCUCACAAACUGUGUUUACCUGCAAGAUUCUGACGUCACCGUUAAGGGCUUUCAAAUAUAUGGGACACCAUGGACACCGUGGUUUAAUGGCUGGGGUUUUAACCUGCCCAGGGGACAGUCACUGCUCGAUAAGUGGAACCUCAUCCCAGAGGGUGUUGAUAUUCUCAUGACUCAUGGGCCUCCCCUAGGUUUUAGGGACUGGGUACCAAAGGAGCUACAGAGAGUUGGGUGUGUUGAGCUGCUAAACACAGUACAGAGGCGAGUUCGACCCAAACUCCAUGUGUUCGGGGGAAUACAUGAAGGUUAUGGCAUUAUGACAGACGGGUACACAACAUUCAUCAAUGCCUCUACCUGUACAGUCAGCUUUCAGCCCACCAACCCUCCCAUUGUGUUCGACCUCCCAAAUCCCUCCAGCUCUUGAGAAACCUGUAAACCUUACCAUCCUUCUUUUCUUUUCUCAUCUUUUCUAACAAUAUUUUGAAAAUAGUUGAAUGUUUCUUUCAAAAUUGUCAGUCUUUUGUUAAAUAUUUCAGUGAACGUUUAUGAUGGCGGGUGGGUUCGGGGGAAUUGGUUGAGGUGUUAUGUUUAGAAGUGGUGAACAAUCUUAUGAAAAGAUCUGAUUUAAUCUGUAAAAUAUUAAGCUUUGUGAAUUUGUAAAUUGUCUCUUUUUUGUCAAUAUUCAAAGUAUGUUGGUAUAGGAUGCCAUUGUUCAUUUUGUAUAUUCUUUUUUUUUUUUAGAUAAUUAAGCUUUCUUUUAGUUGUCAGCUAAAUAAUGCCUUAAACUAGCUUUAAGUUCCCCAGCUGAAGCCCCUUCUUUUUGCUAGUAGAGAGCCUCAUAUUUAUUAUUUUAAUCUAAAAUGAAGGGGAUUUUUUGCAUUCAAAGAACACAUUCUUACAAGCGCAGGGAAGACAUGGAUUAAUUUUAACUCAUGUAUAUACUAAAGCGCCUCAUUCUGCAUAGAAAUUGGAAAAUGUCUUAAAAUAUGAGUAUAUCUAUAUGUAUGUGUGUAAGCUGCAAAAUCUUGAACUAAAAUUGUGUUCGUUCUAAGCCUCUUGAAGAAUAUAAUUUUGCUUGUAAGUGAUGACUUAUACAGAAUGUGCAUAAAGCACACAUGCUCUUUUUUUUGUUUUCAUGAAAUGUUCCUUUAAGGUUAAUUCAGUGUUGCCUACUUCACGGCCUAAGUACUCAAGUUACUUUAAUGUACAAUCUAAAAGGUUGUUUUCUUCUUAAAACCUGCCUAAACCAGGUUUAGUUGUCUUUUGAUAUCUUGCUUAUGAUAGAUUUAUCUCGGUUUUGUUUCUGAUUUUGCACUGUGUAAAUGCAGUCUUGCUUGCACAAAAAAAAAAUUGCCAAUAGUUGUUUCAACUCUUGCCACUGUAAAUGCCUCUCGCCUUUUCUUUCAGUUACAGUUUCAGCCUUGUUUCUGGAAAAGCUUGUUUUUUCUUUUUUCAUUCAGGUUUCAUUGUGAUAUAUUUAG